AUGUCUACGGAUCCGGCCGUGGUGCCUACAGAAGGCCUACCUGUUGAGUCUGAUCCCAAGCCCGACACCAACGCCCGACGUGCUUCCGGUACCGCCAGACGGUCGCGUCGUAAGAAGGACGACGAGCCCGACGCCAAGCCCAAAAAAGACAAAGAACCAAAGGAGAAGCCAGCUCGAGCUCCGCGUCGACCUCGAGAAAAGUCCACAACUACCGCCGGCUCUCGGAAGAAAGCCAAGCUGGAGCCAUCGGCUGAUGCGACGGGGGGUGACGCUUCGGCAGACGCCCGAAGCCCUGUCCAAGUGUCUGUCCAAGUACCUACAGCACCCCAGCCAGCUCAACCACCCCAAUCAAUUCAGUCAGCCCAACCAGCCCAAUCGCCUUAUUCCCAAAGCCCACAUCCCACAGCUCCGGGAGCUGCAUACCAGCUUUCACAACCGCUACAGCCCCCGCGUCCGCAAUCACAACCGCCAACGCCACAACCACAACCUCCCCAAAGGACCAGUGGACAAAAUUUCGAUCCGAUUCGGUCAGCCUUUGACAACCCUUCCCCGGCACCAGCAUACAGUCCUCCGAUUCACGCAGUCUCCCCACAUAACGCUUAUCGCGCCAGUGCAUCGCCAGCGAUCUCGAGUAUCAUCGACCCCCCUCAAACCUCCCAACCAAUUUACACUCCGCUUCAGCGUACCUCCUCUGGUCAUGUCUCUGCUCUUUCUUCACCGGCGCCGCCUCCGAUGGCUCCCACGCCCACACACCCAUCCGUAGCCCCUUCGCCCCUCCCCAUCUCGUCGCCUUCUCAUGGAGCCGUGCAUACACCGCAUGCGUUUUCGCAACCGAAUCACUACACAACUCCAUACCCACCAGCUGAGCAGCGGCCUGUGCAAUCACAACCGCCAAAACUUGAGCUCUCUCCACCCGCUAUGCGUCAACCUCAACCACAAUCCCACGCACACCCCGAACCUUUAAAGCAGCCGACCCCACCCAGACCCCAACCGUCCGAGGUAAUGGAAGUCGAACCCACGGAACAACCAAAGGAACAAUCUGCUCCUAGUGCUAAGAAGGAAAAGGGGACGGCGACUCCUGCAUCAAAGGCUUCAUCGCCUAAGCCCGUUCGACCUGCCAAAGAGGCCCCGCAACUACCGCAAGGCUCUGGCUUGAUCAGUAACGCCCUAUUCGGAGUAGAUGAAUCUGCGAAAUCGCCAGACUCGCGCAGCACCCCGAACAUCAUUGUCCACGUCCCUCUAGGAAAGGGAAAUCAGAUUGUCAAUUUCGCGCGACUGGCCGAAGAACAAUAUGGUUUUGCGGCUUUACAUCCGCGACUGGCCGCUCACAAAGCGCGCUUGGCCCGUGUGGCAGCCGCUGGUGCUGCAUUAGAGCGCAACGAUAAGAACGCCAAGGGCAUUUCAGCAGGCGAGAGUGCUGACGAGGACCUGAGCCUUGAUGCUGAGCGUGAUAGUGAUGUGGAUGGCGAUGUUGCCAUGGGUGGUACUGGUGUCGGAACCAACGGUGCACCCUCCGAAGCGAGCGAUGGAAAGAAGAAGCGCCGAAAGAAGGUUGAAGAGUAUGACCGUGACGACCCAUUCGUUGAUGACAGUGAGAUGGUCUGGCAAGAGCAGGCUGCUGCUAGUAAGGAUGGAUUCUUUGUCUACAGCGGGCCAUUGGUGCCAGAGGGAGAGAAGAUCCAAGUGGAACGGGCCGAUGGUACAAUCAAGCGCGGCCGUGGCCGUGGCCGAGGGACAGGCCGAGGUCGGUCUACGGCUUCUCAUCCUCACGUCCCCAUUGCCGCUGCUGUGCCUAUUUCCCAGGAUACCGGCCUGCCAGUGCGCGGACCCGGUUCCCGAGGUGGUACAACGCGCCGUCCGCGCGGCAGCAAGAAAGCAGACGGUGAGAAACACGCCGACCGUAACGGCACCACUGCCUCCGCGGCAAAUGAAGGCCGCGGUGGUCGCGGUGGUGGUGCAGGCAGCUCUAGCCGAGGUGGAAGCACCAGCACUCGGGGUGGAAAAGCAUCUGCACUAUCGGUCCCGAUGCCUGGUCUUGCGCCUUCUCCUUCAACGCCUAACGCUGCACCUCCUGCUCCUACUCCUGCUUCUGCUCCUGCUCCUGCUCCUGCUCCUGCUCCUGCACCUGCUCCUACUCCUGCUCCUGCUCCUGCUCCUGCUUCUGCUCCUGCUCCUGCGCCGCCGGGUCCUAACCCACUAGCUGGGCCGGAGCUCAUGAUGAAAUAG